AUGGGAGGAUGGGGAGAGGCAAAGAAGGGAGGAGGAAAGGGAAGGGGAAAAGGACAGGUAAAAGGAAAGGGAAAAGGAGAAGGAAAGGGAAAGGGCCGUGCCUGGAUGCAAGGCGAUCCUAGCCCCCCACGCGCGGACGAGGAUGAGGGCCAUCUCGGGCCUCUCCAGUUGCCCGGCGACGGGUCAGGAACCCUUACGGCCGAGGACCGCCAAGAGAUAAAGGACGCAACAGGAGUUUCGGCAGCUGUCCGGUACCGCAACAGCUUUGGCAUGAGAAUGCUCACGCUGGCAGGGCCGCCGGACCACCUGUCGGAAGCACGGAGAAUGGCGAUGGCCAAAAUCUCCGCUUCCCAAGUCAAGCAGGCCGAGGCGGACCAGGUGGCAGACCUGGCCCAGCGGUUGGGGGCGGCCGAGCUAAAGCUCAGCGCCCUGCAGCACCAAGUCUCCUACUUGGUUAGCAGCUCUCCGGCGAUGCAGAUGUAUGCAGUCGGCGCAGUUGCCGCGCCUGGCCCGCCUGCACAGCACCACGGCCACCACCACAGCCGCCGCGGCAGCCGCCACAGCAGAAGCAGCAGCAGCAGCCGGCGCGCCGCUCGGCACAGAAAGCGGAGGAGCUCCUCGCGAAGCCGAGGCCGUCUCUCGAGCACAAGCCCUGCAGAUGCUCCUAGCCCUGCAGCAGGUGACCAGAAGGUUGAGCGGUCUGCAGAGGCUCGCCCUGCUGACGACGAAGCGCCGCCAGGCCUGCCACUGAAGGAGGUGAAGCGUGAAGAGCCUGCAGAAGCUCUUGAAGAGACGAAGGCAGAAGAGCCAAAGUCUGCAGACGAGUCUUCUUCUUCCUCGCCAGACACUGCAACACCGAAGCCCGCUGCAGCGAAGACUGCGCCGAGCCGACCGGCUCCGUUCCCAACCGGUUUGGGCCAGGGAGGCUUGAAGCGGGAGAACUCGCCGGAAGCCUCGAAGCCUGCCGAGCCCUCUGAAGGACCGCCGGCUUCACUGCCUGCUGCAGAGAAGAAAACGGAGCAGCAAGAGGAGAACCCAGAGCAGGCAGCUACGCCACCGGCCAAGCGCUGCAAAGAGGAGCUGCCCACAGAAAAGCCCCGCUGCAACUUGGAGAAGGAAUUGCCCCUCAUGAGGCCUUUGCAGAAGCCACGGGCUCGGCUACAUAAGCUGGAGGCCACCGUGUCUUUCGCAGCUGCUGCCCGAUUAGAAGCGCGGCAUGCAGAGGAGGGGCAGGAUGAGUCUCAUCGCACAAAGAGGCGACGGCAAAGGAAAGAUAUGGAAGAGGCCUGCGCUGCAAAUGAAGGCACUCUCCAUGGCCCGGUUCUUCUAUCUUUUGAUAUGCCGCAGCCAGACAAAAGUGGCAAGGGAGCACCUGCCACGGUUUAUGCUGCCAAUCCCCUGGCCCUGCUGUGUCGCUUAACGGCCGAGAGGCCAGAAUUUGGCGAUCUCCUCAAGGGCCUGACGCAGAGCUCCGAGGUGCCAAGUCUGGUUUUCUAUGCAGAUGGGGCCACGCCUGGGAAUGUGCUGCGUGUGGGAGAUGCUUCCAGGGAGCAGAUGUGCGUGUAUUGGUCGAUUCUGCAGCUCCCUGGCUUUGUCAGAUCCCAAGACUGCGGCUGGUGGCAUGUGUUGAGCUGUCCGACCAAACAGCUCGACAAAACUCCUGGCGGCCUGUCAUGGCUUUAUGCCAAGGUUCUGGAGAUGUUCUUUGGAACAACAGAGCUGCCCGUGACGGGAAACUUCCUUGAGGGCGUUCACUGCACAUGCAGCGAAGGCUCUUUCGUGUUCAGAGCACGAAUGGGCCCGCUGUUGGCAGAUGAGAAAGCAAUCAAGGAAGUCUGGUGCCUCAAAGGCGCCUCAGGCAGCAAGCCUUGUUUCCAAUGCCAGAACCUUGUCGGCCAUUGCAGCCCCGAAGAAGUGCCGCCGAAUGGGUGGUUGGUGCAUACCUCUUGUUGCCAGCCGAGCAAAUUCGUGGCACAUACAGAGGCCACGUUCCAGGCCAUGGUUUCCAGAGUGCAAUCUGCCGCGACCGCCGGCGAGCGCAAAAAGCUUGGUCAGGUGUUUGGACUUACGUAUACACCUGCUGGAAUCCUCUGGCAAGCAAGAUGGCUUGGUCGCAUCAACCCCAUUGCUCACACCUGCUGGGACUGGAUGCACAUCUUGGUUGCAAGCGGCGGGGUUGGGCAAUACCACUUGAAUGGCUAUUGCUGCGCACUGGUGGCAGAAGGCAUACCGCUCAAGACUUUAGAUGACUUUGCACGUGCAUGGGUAUGGCCGAGAUCCCAACACCGCUUGCCGCCGAACUUCUUCUCACAACGAGUGAACUCCGCCACACAUUGGCAGGAGAUAGAAUCUCAUAUGAGGGCCUUCGCUGGAGAAAUGCUGACAUCUGUGCGUUGCGUGCAUGGUUUCCAGGUGGAGGUUUUGGCCUCGACGGGGAUCCUUCCGCAGCACCAACGCUGUUUGGAAGUGCUGGCUCGGAUUUUGGAGAUACUCCGGCUUGGAGAUCGGGCAAAGCUGCAUCUUUCGGAGCUGACGCUCUGCAUUGCUGAGCACGCUGAGAUCUGCCGCGAGAUAUAUCCAUAUGCUGCCAAGCCAAAGUUCCACUAUCUUUUUCAUGUUCCGGAUUGCAUCCGGAGAUUCGGCAACCUGAACUGCUUCGCAACGGAGAGGAAACACAAGAAGGUCAAGGCCCUUGCUGCGCGAUAUGCUGUGGAGGCUCAUGCUGCGCACGACAAUCUCUGCCUUCGAACUUUGGCAGAGGAUUUGCGGAGCAUGGAGCAAGCGGCCCUCGAUCCUGUGUCGCUAGCAGGGCCGGUGAUGGAGGCCCCUGCGCAAGAUCUGGCCUAUGUCGCGCCGUUCGUCCCAGAUGCAGUGGCUUUGCGGUCCUCUACAGAGAUGCCUGGCAGAAUCUAG